AUGACACACUUCGACCCAGACGUCGAGGACUUCUCGUCCGCAUCCUCCUCAUCUGGCUUCUGUGGCCCCGGAACAUCCUGCUCCUCAUCCGGCUCCCCCUCUCUCUUUACUGCCCUUUUUUCUCUUAGCCCUGUCCUGCUCACCUUCACCAUCGUCGCCUCACUCGCAUCCUCUCGCUUGUUCCCUUACCUGGCAACGACCCUCAACAGCCAAAAUGCGACAACCAAACUCGCGGGCGGCGGCAUCGCCCUCGACGAUGGCCACGGCCAUCUCCUGCCCACAUCAGCACCGCCCUCCUUACGCCAGGCCCAUGCCGAGCUGGCGGCAAAGUCGCCUGCGCGAAGACUGCGCGCCGCAGCGUUUUCCUCCCUCCUAGGGCUGUCGGCCGUGCUGGCCGAGCUGAUUCUCGCUGAAGUACUGGAUGUGGAUGGGGCGGUGUUGGGCCCGCAUGCGAGGGGCGUUGCGUUGCGGUUUACCGUCCCGGCAUUGUUAUUGCUGCUGGUUGGGGUUGUGCCGUUGCUGGAAGCGCAGAGCGUGCUUGCUUCGAGGGGUUGGAGGUUUGGUCGGGACGGGAGGGGCAGGCUGGUUUCGCGGGGGGCGUGGAUCGCUUUGGGAGGGGUUUUCGCGGCGUGGUUGGUCGCUUUUUGGUAUAUUGGACGGGCAGUAAGUCGAUGGUUUGGCGGCUUAGUCGGGGAUAUUGGGGAUGAGGAGCUGUGGAGAGUUGUUGGGGCGGCGAGUGCCGCCGCUAGGGAGGGGACGGGGUUUGUUGAUACGUCGGCUAUGACGAUUGGAAGGGCGGCAGGGUUUAGGGGUGGUGCUUCUGGUAGAGCAGAAGGGGGGUUCUCGAGGGGUUGUUUGGAGAGGAUUGGGGUCAUUGGGAUCGCGUUGAUGGCGUUGUUAUCAGGGUUUGCCAGUGUCUCGAGCCCAUGGCACACGUUCGUCGACAGCCGCGCGUAUCGCAAACGGCCGGUCACCGAUGCUGAUAUCGCGAGAAAGCAGGCUGGUUUGGACGCUACAAGCGAGUUGCUGAUGACGAAGAAGCACCGUCUACGAUCGCUGCAGAGGAAGGCCGACGCCUUUGGGGGAGGUGCAGCGCACGGCGAAACACCCAAUGGUUCUAGCGGAUUCAUGGGCAAGGUCGUCGGGUCGCUCAAGAACAUGGUCGGCAGUGGCGAAGCAGCCGAAAUCCGUGCCCUCCAAAUGGAGAUCUCGGGCCUUGAAGCCAUGGAAUCCAACCUUGCCGCUUCUCUCGCGAUUCUCAAGUCCCAACAAGCCGCCCACGCUCGCGAUGGUACCCCUCUCGGCCGACUGCUCGCCAUCCCACAGUACGCCUUCGCCAGUUACUGCGUCUAUCGUAUCCUUGCGACCCUCCUCACAACCCUCAAGCGCGCUUACUACCCUGCUGCGGCGUUCUCCUCUUCUGACCCCAUCAACCGCUUUCUUGGCUUGCUUGCCCGUCACUGGGACCCAAAACUGGACCAACUCGCGUGGGCGCGAACAAUCUCCUUCCUCUUGUCAGGCGUGAUCCUCGCCGCCAGCGCCAACUCUGUGGUCCAAACCUUCCGACUCUUUGCCAAGUGGGCACCGGGACUCCUCUACCAAGCUCAGGCAAAUCUCCCCUUACUAGUCGCACAGGUCGCAGCAACCUAUGUCAUAAGCUCAGCGCUACUGCUGCGCAGCAGUUUACCGCACGAAGUCGGUCGCUCUGUAAGCGACGCGCUGUCCAGCCCACUUCAGCCGGCAUUUGUAGACCGGUGGUUCGAAGCGUGGUUCUUGCUGGCCAGCGCGACCACGCUGGCGGGGAUAUGGUUAGGGAGGAAGUUCACGCGCGGAUCGGCGACAUCAUCAUUGUUGUGGGACGAGUGGGAUGAGUUUGCUGGGGAAGAGAUGGGCAUCGGGCAGAAGAGGUCGUGA